AGUUGUUUUCACAUUGAUAACGCGGAGUGACCUCGACAUUACAUAACUUGAAUGUAGUCGGUAUUCGAUUAUUAGUAAGUUCUGUCAUACCGUUUAUAUAUUUCAAAAUGUCUGUGUUUCAUUGUAUAAUCAAGAGAAGUCUAUCAACUACGCAGAGUUUGAAUGUUAUAAAAAAUGUAACUGUCAUAGGCGGAGGUUUGAUGGGCUCAGGAAUAGCACAGGUGGCAGCGCAAAGUGGACAUAACGUCAUUCUGGUAGAUGUGAGUUCAGACAUACUGAAAAAAUCUGAGGCUGGCAUUUUAAACAAUAUCAAGAGAGUAGCUAAAAAAUUGUACAAGGAAAAUGCGGAUGAUGCUAAAAAAUUCAUUGAAGGCGCUACAUCUCACUUGAAAUAUUCUACAGACAUAAAUACGGGGGUCGAAGAUGCAGACUUGGUUGUGGAAGCCAUAGUAGAGAAUAUAGAAGUGAAACAUAAACUGUUCAAAAAUAUUGAUGAUGCUGCUCCUCAGAAAACACUUUUUGCUUCGAAUACCAGCUCGUUAUCCAUCGCAGAGAUUGCUUCAGUGACGAAACGUUUAGAUCGAUUCGGUGGUCUACAUUUCUUCAACCCUGUGCCGGUUAUGAAACUGCUGGAAGUUAUUAGGACUCCUGAAACAACAGAUGACACGUACCAAGCAAUGAUGGCCUGGGGUAAAGCCAUAGGAAAAACUUGCAUUACGUGUAAAGAUACUCCUGGAUUUGUUGUGAAUAGGCUUCUGGUCCCUUAUGUUGCGGAGGCCGUACGUAUGUUGGAAAGAGGUGAUGCAUCUGCGGAAGACAUCGAUAUAGCUAUGAAGUUAGGUGCUUCUUAUCCUAUGGGACCUUUUGAGCUGGCAGACUUCACAGGCCUUGAUACUGGCCACUUCAUUUUGGAAGGAUGGCAUAAAAAGUAUCCAGACAAUCCGCUAUUCAAACCUACUGAGAUUCAAGGAAAGUUGGUGAGAGAAGGCAAGUUGGGUCGAAAAACAGGGGAAGGAUUCUACAAGUAUACUAAAUGAAACGGAUGAAUAUCCAAAGAAUAAAGAGAUAUUUUUUAUACUCAUUGUAAUAAAUAAAUGUAUUUUAUCGAA